AUGGAUAACCUUACCCAUGGCCAUACAUCUUCUGGCCGACUCCAGCUUUCUAAACUGGAAACACUUGAAGACCACAUCUAUCAGGCCCUCCUUCGUCGGGUGAACUUGGAUAUCACAGAUAUCUCUUCUCGCUUUACAGCUUGGGACGAUGAAUCAUCCCUUCACCCACUUCUGAACUUCAAAGCGCAAGCUAUACAUCACAUAAAUGUGCAAGGACUCACUUAUUCAUCAUUCAGGAACCACUCUGGCAAUUCUUUUGUCCUUUUUCAGGUCCCAACUGUGCCUGACCAGUCAUCCACUCGCACUGCCAGGCAGGUGCAGGAAGUCUUUAUGCAUGAGAGGGUGACUGCAGACGGCUCUUCCAUGCAGGAAUCCUUUUUUGUUGUGAAGGAAUAUCGCUCAUUGUCCCCAGCUCACUCCCAUUUGGAUCCUUUUGAGGCAAUUGAGCAUCUAGACGCAAAGCUAUACUACAAUUACUUUACUGAUGAUGCUCAUGUCUUACAACUCUCCAAUAUUGUCUCGCAUUUCAGCUCUUUUAUCUACAUUCCCAAUGGGAUUGAAGAACACUGCAUUGUUGUCAGGUCGCUGGAUCGGCUUUGUGGCUUUAUUUUGAAGUGGAUUAUUGCCCAAUGCUAA